UUUCUGCACCGCUGCCCGAUUGACAGUGCAAGUAUCGAUGUAUAUAAUACACAUGUUUUAUGUAUAAUGCAUCGAUGUAUAUGCUAUAGUGGCUGCCGCGAAUCGGAUCGCGAGUGAUCGAGUGCCUCGAGAGAGGGAGAGAGAGUGGCCGAAGUACCCGUCGAUAAGCUUCUAAUUCGGCUUCGAGUUCAAUCGAUAUUAUUAGACACUUGUGAAAAUCACUUUUCUGGAUGCUGCAUCGAAGAUAGAGAGCGCCUACAUUACCUCGGAGAGAAGUUGAAGAAGUUUCGAAAAAAGCACUCGCAGCUCGCGCGUGUUUUCAACUAGAUCGCACACUUGCUGAUGCAGUAUUGAAUUUUCUCUGCUCUUGUAGGUCAAAAUACUUAUUACGAAAUUUAAACUUUUUUGCUUUUCUUUUUUUUACGAAACGAGCGUAAUCAAACGAAGCGUACGAGUUUGUAAAAUUUUUCCUCAAAGAUCGAAUGUCGUGCAACGCAUACGAAUCGAUCUCGUCGUCGAGCGGUGGACGAUGUAAAAAUAAAUAACACACAACACAUGACACACGCCGCAUAGAAUCGCAACAUAAUAAAGCCCGAGAAAUUUCGUCACCGCAUUGAGAGAAAAUUGAAUUGGUAAACAUAACAGCAAAAAUAUUCGUUAAAGCGAGCGAGAGGACGGACGGACGCUCUACGGUCGGUCGGUCGACUCGCGCGCGCGCGUUGAUACUUUGCCAAGUUCAACUCUUUGGGCUGCAAUGCCAGAGCUUUGCUCUCCUCUAAGCAAAGCUACACGCAUAACUUGUAUACGAGAACUUUUCAGCCUGAAUUCUCAGCACAGUCGUCAUGAAUUUCGUUACAGUUCAAACAACAAGGGCGGUAAAGACGACUUUUUUUGAAACUUUUGCGAUGAAUAUUGCUGCUGCUGCUGCACGUCGCACUGUCGAAUUCGAUUACAAGUCACAAAUAACGGCCUCUCCUUUGCACACGGAGUCUGACAAACACUAGAAGAGUACAGUGCAAAAGGUAGAAAGAGACAACUAGCGAGAGAGAGAGAGAGAGCAGAGGCAAAGAUUUUAAUUGCAUCCGCGCCUUUUCGCUAAUGCAUCUCGCUUCGGGGAACUCGACUGCUCGCGAAAGAUUAAAGGCCUCCGAGAGCUAGCAUCAUACAUAUAAAAGCCAUGCCUCAACUGCAGUGCCCUUUGAUCGUGACUGCGACUCGACGGUGCGUCGAUACCGAUUCGCCGCUCGACUCGACGCUGACCGCCGACGAGCCGGUCAUUCGGCUGAAACUCGACAAGCCCCCGCACUGGGAUUGGCAGCUCACAACGACCUCCGACGAUUUGCCGGUAAUUCAACUGCUCGACCGCGAGGGCAAACUCCUCGUCGAGACCACUGGACGCUGCGCCCAACGCGCCAGAGGUUCCUUCCGAGACGGCCUCAAGUCUCACGAGUCCUUUCCCCAGCCCACAGCGACAGCAGCAGCUGCUGCGUCUGUUAUCGUCAAGGACGAAAGCCCGAAAGUGGUCGUACCCAAGAGUUUUCAAGGCAAUCGUAAUUACGAAGGCUUCAGCACCAAGUAUGGCUCGGCUCUUUGUGGAUUUCCGACGCGUAAAUCGCACAGCGACGCGAACGUGUCGUCGUCCUCGUCCUCGGCCUGCGCCGCUACGAGACGCAAAAAAAUUCGUAAACACCAUUCGUCCAAUACGUCGGACUUUGACAUCCGCCGAUCCAACAGCAACAGCUCGACGACGAAAAAAGAAGUAGCCAAGAGGUACUCGAGCGUUAACGGCUCGCGUCAGCAGAUUUUCGAGGAUUCGCCACUGGAGCAGGUCAAAGAUAAAGUGGAGGGGCCGCUGUUGGGCCGAUGGGCGGCUCAACCGACCCGUCCUAAUGACGAUUAUACCGGGCAAAGAGUUGAUUUUCAUUUCGAUGGCAGUAUCAAUAACGCCAGAGACAAUGUAAUUGGGCCAUCGAUUAGCAGCGACGAAAAUGCCAAGAGAGACGAACUCGAAAUAAUCAAGAGGUUCUUGUGUAAGAAAAUGUCAGCAGAUAUGGAGUACGACAGGCAGUAUCGUAGAAACUUAUCCACUCCAACUCAGACGAGCGAUUUGGCGGGUAUAGAUGAAGUGGACGCACCAGUAACAAAGCCUGACGAAAUUUACAUGGGCAGUGCGCAAAGCAGUCACGAGACAGGUGCUAGAAAAAAUUAUAAAACGAGAAAAAUUCGCAGUGAAACCAACAUUGGAUAUCAUCGCGAAUUACCUGAAAUUCAAGAGUUCAAAGUUUUGAGUCCCUCGGAGAAAUUGAUUAAAAAAUACUCUGCGAAUGGAAAAAAACGUAAAUGUUAUCGAAAAACAAGGAGCGACGUGAUGGUAAACAAACAUCAGUCUAGAUCUGCGAGCUCUGAAAGAGAUACUCCGACGAAUAAAAAUUAUCCAACGCGUCGGAUUAAGAGUCAAGAUAAUUUCGACAGAUCGUGGCGCGAUUAUAAGGAGAAUCAUAAGCAGCUCCGCAGAGACGUCGAUCAAGUGGAAAUGGCCGAAGAGGAUUUUACGACGAAGCCGCGCUGGAAGGACCGAUGCGAGGGUAGAAAAUGUAAAAUUUGUGAAAACCUAAAAAGCAACAUCGAUCCGCUGAAAAAUCCUGAGGUCCUCGACGUUCAACGAGUUAAUGAGUCUUGGCUGGAAGAGCUCAAAAGCCCUUCCGCCAGUGACAGCUCCAAGUCAAGUGCCAGCAGUAGUUCGACGGUGAAAAUAAGUGAUACGGUUGAAAUGGUGAAUGGCAGUAGCAGCGUCGACUGCGUCGACGGACCCGCCGGAGUGUUUUACGAUUACGAAAACAAAACGAACGAAGAUAUUACAAAGGAUUACUUCAGGCGUGUUUACGAACUUUUACGUCGGCGAAAAGAGGAGGCGAAAACGCUCGCCGAGUGCGAAGAAGACACUUGCUCGUCGAAUAAUUUUGAAGAAGACGCUCGAGUGAAGAAGCGGAGGAGAAGAAAAAAAGCAGCGGAUAAAUCGAUGGAAGGAGAGAAAGUAGUAUUGGCAGUGGUGCAAGCUACGUCAACAGCAGGCCGCCGCGAAGCCUGGAAAUCGUCAAACGGCUGUAGACCGUGCAUCGGCAGUCAGGAGGGCUCGACACAGGCCAAACGAGCGCGUCACCCAGCGCCGAUCGUCAGUUCCGCCAGUAGUGGCGAGAGCAACAAGGAGAAUGAGGAAUCUCAAAAGAACGACGACCACGACGCCGGUGACGGUCACGACGUUCGCGACGACGACAACGACGACGACGACGAGCAGCUAGUCGUCUUGAAAAGCGACGACGACGAUCAGCUGACUGAGGAGACGAUCAUUAUGGGCGCCAAUCUCAGUCGGCACAAUGGCAAAGGCCUGAACGGUAGACGCGCCCAAUCGAGCGGAAGCUUGUGCAAUCCCGAGGGCAUAAGCGUUACCAAGUUCCUACAACCUUGUCCCAAACAUCAUAAGGAGCUUUAUAAAUUUUGCGGUUCACUGCCAAACCAUCUGGACGGCAAGGAUGCUUUGGACGAUGAAACGACCGAGAAUAACAACAUCAUUACGGACACUAUCAGCGGAAAUCUUGGUGGCACAUUGCCACACAAAAAGAGACUCAGUGAACAUUUCACGGGUGAAUCAACGAAUAACACAGAUCUUGUGAAGCAUCGAUCAGAGGAAUCACUCGACGACGAUAACCCUUGGAAAUAUCGUCUCGAGGGAGCGGAUCUCGAAAAAAAUCGCCAGGCCGAGCUGUUGCGCAAAAAGCGCGGUUCGGACGCGAGCAGUCACAGUUGCCAGCAUCAUCAUUUCUAUGAACGACGUCGAAAUUCGAGCACGCUAUCACAUCGUCGAGCGCAUCGGAGCGCCGAGCUCGACGUCAAUGGGACUCUACCAAAAACUAAACGACAAGAUUCAACCAAACGCAGUGCUCCGUCCCUUCGUGAAUUGGGCGACGGUCCCACCCGUGCGAGUCGUAUUUCAAUUGAUAAAAUCGAUGAUGAUUUGUUACUUAAAAUGGUGCACAAGUCCGGAUGUGAGCAUGCUAAACGACAGCAUCAACAUCAACAUCAGCAUCAGCACAAGCGCGGCCAUCCGCAUCAAGGAAAAUGCAUCGACUUGAAAUUACACAAGUUGACGACAGGUGGAGAACCACAGGAUCAAGGCUAUGCGUCUGAAAGAUCGCCGGAGGACGAGCACCCUCCAUCGUUGCCGGGGCAACCUUUUCCAGUUGUUACACCAGAGAGCACGUUCAGGGUAACUCUGCAGAAGAGCAGCCGCGGACUGGGUCUGAGCGUGUCGGGCGGCGCCACGGCCGGACCGGUGCGCGUCAAGCGGCUUUUCCCGCAGCAGCCGGCCGCUCUGUCCAACAAACUUCAGCCCGGUGACAUUCUCCUGGCCGCCAAUGGAACGCCCCUCACUGGACUCACCAACUACGAGGCAUUAGAGGUGCUACGUACGACGUCUAAUACCGUGGAACUGGUGGUCUGUCGUCUGCCUGGAGAAUCGGGGGCGAGCUCGCCGCCGGCAGCUGCACCGCCACCGCCGCCCACGCGUCGUGACAACAAUCCUGGGCUUACCUUAAAAAUACCGCUGAAUCCCCUGCCACCUCUGGACGUUGAGCCUUGUGGGGAAUUCGACAUUGAAAUGGAAAAAGUCCAAGGGAGCCUGGGCUUCACGCUGCGCAAGGCCGACAGCAGCGCCCUGGGCCACUACGUGCGAUCGCUGGUGCGCGAGCCGGCCCUGAGCGACGGCAGAAUUCAACCCGGUGAUAAGAUCGUCGCCGUGGACGACGCCCCGCUGUCGCCCAUGAGCCACGAGGAGGCCGUGGCUCUGCUGCGCAACUGCGGUCCGGUGGUGAAGCUGCGGCUCUAUCGGGACUUGGCUCAGACACCGGUAUCGGCGCUCUCGCCCACCGAAGCCGAUCACCCCUUCAGGCCGGGAAAAACCUGCUUGAGGCAAGAGGCGGUGGACAUGUUGUGCGAUUUGGCCGUAAGGAAAUUGUCGCCCGGCACGUCGAGUGGAUCCAGCGGUCAGCGUCAAUCAUCCGAGGGAUCGAGCAAUUCUCCUCGCAGACUGCGACGACCUCGCUCGUCCAAUACCGACGGUGACGAAGACGCGGUAGGAGUCAACGGCAGCAGCAGCAGCAGCGGACGUGCAACAACGAACUCGGCGAAUCGUAAUUCGCGCGCCUCGACGCUCAGCCAGGAGACCUCGGACUCGGAUCAAUGCUCGAUCAAGACGCAGAUCACGAACUCGCAGCCGGAAACACCCAUGGGCGCUACUUCUGGGGGAGCCGAGAGCUCGACCGACGCCGAGGCAGCGGCACAGCAGCAGCUCAUCUACGACAACUGCGACUCGAGCGACUCGUCGCUGGUCAUACCGCUGCCGCCGCGGCUCUCGCUGAUCCACCGGCCGGAUUAUCUCGAGCUGAGGCACGAGCACCAGCAGCGAUUCCGUUUCAGCGUCGACGACUCGGGCAGCGACUCGGGCCCGGUGAUCGUCACCGACAGCGACUGCGCCUCCAAUUACACGGCCCAGGACUAUCACGAUCAGGCGCUGCUGAGCAGCGACAACGACGCGCCCGACCUGGGCGGCAACGGCGAGCCGCAGUCCAUGCCGCCGCUGCUGAGCAGCGCCGCUAGCAGCACCAGCACCGCGUUCAGCUACAAGAACCCGGCCUAUCAGAGCGCCCAUCCGGCCUACGGGCUGGCCUCGACGUCCCAGGCGGCUGGUCACGCCAUGCACGUCGAUCACCAGCAGCAGGCGGCCCACCAUGCCACCAAGGCCAAGGGUAACGCCUACUCGAGUGAGCAUGAUAUUCCUGGCAAAGUCGUGGGAGGUGACGACCCAUUGGGGAGCAAAGGUUUGCUCAAAUGGAAAGGCGUCAUGUUCGCACCGAACGACGACGAAGUAGACGGACGCACCGACAAAUUGCAAAAUGAGCGAGAUGCUCGCGAAGCCGCAGCCUUGCGACGCUUUCAUGAACAAGGAUACGAGGUGUUCAUGGUCGAGCUAACGCGAGGUUGGAACAGUCGACUUGGCUUCAGCCUCAAGAGCGACGGCAAAAAUACCGUAAUUUCCGUGGUGCAUCCCACCAGCGUAGCUUACAAAGACGGCAGGUUACGACAAGGAGAUAUCCUGCUCAUGGUUAACGAAGAAAGUGUGCAGCAUAUGUCGACGCCCGACAUCAUCGCUUUGAUGCGCAAAAUGCGAGGAUCCGUCGGUAUCACCGUACUCAGAAAGAAGCCCGACGACGAGGACUCGUGAUGUUAGGACACGCGAGUGCCGGACGACGGCACUCGAAAAAAAAAUUCACAAAAUAAAUAUUACGUUUAAUUGCGAUAACGUGGAUUUUUUAAAUCCAAAAACACAAAGUAAUGACUCAAAAACUUUGUAAAACGAAAACUAAAUUAAAAUUAAUAAUAGACUGAUAUCGUUUGAAGCAAUAACGAAAAAAUUACUCGUAUUCAAUUGUUCGAAAAUUUGUACAUAUAUUUAAUAUUAUAAAAUUAACACAACUCAUUUGAAAGGAUAUCAAUCGAGUUGACUUGAAUACGAAAUAUUGAUGUCAUAAACGUAAAUUCGAACUAUUACCAUCAAUGUCGAGUGCCUAGAUGCAUUAUUUCAAUGACGUAUGAUCUGUAAUGCAUAACAUCGUGGAACGAUGUGCUCAAAGCAUCCACGACAUUAAUAUAUUGUAAAUACACAGAUGUAUAAUUAAUUUUUCUUCGUGCACGUAUACGACAAAACUAUGUGCGGUGAUUAUAUUAUCUCGCGAGAGCGAAGUGUGCAACAUAUGUGACAUUCGGCCGAAUAAUCAAUAGGCUAAUCAAAAAUAAAUUAUUAGCAAUCAAGAGUCAUAAAGUGAGCAUGAUUAUUCUAGUUAAUGAAGCUAGUAUGAACGUAAAUGUAGAACAAGUGUUUGGAACAUAUAUGAGACAUUUUGCGUCAAGUCUCGGAGUGCAUUGGGAUACUUUUUCGCGAAAAAGAAAUUCAUCAAUUCGCUUAUAGAUAACGUAUGGACAUUGCGCUACGAAAUUUAACAUAAAAUGGCUCAUCACAUACAUACAAUUAUGUAUACCUGAGUCACUAAAUGCCAAUCUGUAUAAUAAUCUUGUGAAAUUUCUGAAGCGAGAUUUUAAUGUUAUUUUUGAAAAUAUAACAUCUAAGCUAAUUAUAUAACUAAGUCAUUGAUACGUGGAAACGAGAUGGAAUCGACUUUUAUAAAGUGAAAAUUGUUUAAACACCGACUUUGAUCGGUGCUUUAUUUUUAUAGAGUAACACUUCUCGUUUGAAUCGUUAAUCGUUGCGUGCGUGAAAAGUCACGAUUUUGAAAUAAUUUUUUAUCGCUACUUUUAAAUACUCUUUUCAUACAAUCAUUAGAGUCACCGUUAGAUAAUAAAAUCAUACGACAUAUCACUGAUUAAAUACCCAACUCUGAAAAUUUUUUUGUUUGCAAUCGUUUGAAUGGUAUAAAGAGCCUCAAGAAACUAUACAACAAUUCUAAAAAAAUAUUGUCUAAUAAUUCUGCACUUGGGAAUCUCACCCAUAAAUACUAUACAAAAUUACUUCACCAUAAUAAAGUAGAGUCUGAUAUGAUAAAAUUAUCGCCCAAUAAUUAUAAACAAUAUAUCAAAUGUCAAGCAUCUUAAUCCCUCAAAUUAUGUAAAGAAGAAAAGAGAGUAUCGAAGCGAGCGACUAUUCAAAAGGAAGCGGAUUCGCGUUGAGUCUGUCUACUAAAAGAACAUAUACACUUCAGAAAUGAUUUGACGAAAGUUCAUGAAACAAGUUUCGUACGAGUGCAUGAAUUCAACUAAAUGGUAAAACAUUUACGACGAUAUAAUCUUAAUGGAAGUCUAAUGUGUAUAACUUUAUACAAUACUAAGCAUACAUAUUGAAUGUGAUAGUUAUCUGAUAAAAGAGUCGUUGUAUAGAGAUUAAUAAUUAAAUAAGAUGCUCUAUCGAAUGUUACUGUACCGAUUUAGCAAAGAAGAAAAUAUCUAUUAUAAUUAAAUUUGAUUUAUUAUUAAUAUACCAAAGUGCAAGAGUAUGUAAAUAAUGAGAUAAUCAAAGACAAUUAAUAAAUUUCGUGAGAUUCGAAACGAAAAUCCAAUAAUUUUAUCGAUAACGUAUUAUUCAAUAAAUGCUCUAGCUUCAUUUUUUUUUAAUCAUAGUGGCAUAAAUAACCUUUAUGUCAUAUUGCAAUGUUAUAUCCAAUAUCGAAUAAAGUUCAUCGUCUUUCG